CCCACUGCAAACUUGGGCACAGCACAUUUGAGCAUUGGCCAGUACAUUAAGAUUUGACUCAUCCUAAGUAGGAAAGGAAAGGGAUUAAUUUAAAGCACAAUGUUAGCGUUAAUUACAUUUGAAUGUUAUAAAAUGUUUGGGUGGAUCCACCAUAUCAACUCUGGCAGAGCCAUUCUUGCCAUAUGAUUGGUUCAGUCGGAUUCUCACGCGCUGUGACUCAGCGUGACUUUGGAAUGAACAACAGUCUCAGUAAAGACACUAGCAACUCAGUUGUAUUUACUUUACUUCUCUCACCGAUUCUCUCUCUUGUCUCUGCAAAGAAUAUAAUUCUGCUUUCUGUUGCACGCUCUUCUGCUCUCGUGUACUGCUACUAUCUGCUCCGCUUCUUUCUCUCGCUUUUGAGCGUCCUCUUUAACCCCCCCUGUUUGCCUCCAUUGUCAUUUCCUUUGUCCCUUCAUUAUCUUCGCAUUUUUGGGUUUUCCUCUUUCCUUUCUCUUCCUUUUUCUUUCUGGUUCCUGUUCAAGGAAACAGCUAAGCUAGCCAUGAAUGGUCUAGGAGUAACUACCGGCAAAGAGAAGCUGGUGGUGGAGGUGGUAGCAGCUCAUAACUUGAUGCCCAAAGAUGGGGAAGGGUCAUCUUCACCGUUUGUGGAAGUGGAGUUUGAGAACCAAAGGCAUAGGACUCAAGUUAAAAGGAAAGACUUGAACCCCAUUUGGAACGAGAAGCUGGUGUUUCAUAUAAAAGAUGUUGCUGAUCUUCCUUACAGGACUAUUGAAGUUAAUGUUUUUAAUGAAAAAAGGUCGACUAACAGCAGGAACUUUCUUGGGAAAGUGAGGGUGUCUGGUUCAAGUAUUGCUAAAGAAGGUGAAGAAGCUCCCCAAAUGUACACUCUUGAUAAAAGAAGCUUGUUUUCUCAUAUAAGGGGAGAAAUAACCUUAAAGCUUUACGUGUCCUCCAGAGAGGAAGUCAAAGAAAUGAGGGUUGAUAAAGGGAUGAUGGUUUCUGAUUCUGGUUCUGGUUCGGUUUCCUCCUCGAGGUUUUCAAAGAAGAAGAAAAUGCAACAGCAAAACCCUGCCUUGGUGGUGCAACAACAGCUGGUUCAAGAGAACAAGCCAACACUGCAGAGUCAAAACCACGCAAAACCUGUGGAGCCAAACCCUGGUGAGUUAAAGCCUGUUAUAAUAACGACUGGUCCUGGUCCCUCAGUCCCUGUUGCCGCCGGUGGUGUUGCUGGUAUUGGGCGUGGCGGUGGGGUGAGUCUUUUCUCAAAUGGUUCUAAUGAGUUUUUACUUAAGGAGACAAGUCCCCAUCUUGGUGGUGGUCCUUUGAACAAGGACAAAACUAGUUCAACAUAUGAUCUUGUUGAGCAAAUGCAGUAUCUUUACGUUAGAGUAGUGAAAGCUAGAGAUAUUUCGUUGUUUGGUGUUGGUGAGAUUGUGGCUGAAGUCAAGCUAGGGAACUACAGAGGUGUUACCAAGAGGGUUAGUUCAAACCAUGUAGAUUGGGACCAAGUUUUUGCUUUUUCUAAAGAUUGUAUACAGUCAUCAAUGGUGGAGAUUUUUGUUAAGGAGGGUAACAGAGAAGAUUUCUUAGGCCGAGUUUGGUUUGAUUUAAAUGAAGUUCCCAGGAGAGUUCCUCCGGAUAGUCAAUUAGCACCACAAUGGUACAGAAUGGAAGAUAAGAAAGGAGACAAGUCCAAAGGGGAACUAAUGCUUUCCAUAUGGUUUGGGACUCAGGCAGAUGAGGCUUUUGCUGAGGCUUGGCAUUCGAAGGCAGCAAAUGUGCAUUUUGAUGGGCUUUGUUCUAUUAAAUCGAAGGUUUAUUUAUCACCAAAACUUUGGUAUUUGAGAGUAUCAGUUAUUGAAGCACAAGAUGUUGUUUUGGGUGAAAAGGGAUCAACAUUGGUAAGGUACCCUGAGCUUUCAGCAAAAGUCCAGGUUGGGAAUCAAGUCUCAAGGACCAGAAUUUCAGCGGCCAGUCCCAAUAGAAGCUUAUCAAAUCCUUUUUGGAAAGAAGAUUUUCUGUUUGUUGUGGCAGAGCCAUUUGAGGAUUAUUUGUUAGUUUCUAUUGAGGAUCGGGUUGGCCCUGGAAGAGACGAGGUUGUGGGCAGAGUAUUGCUUCCUGUGACUGCAAUUGAAAGAAGAACUGAUGACAAACAAGUGGUCUCUAGGUGGUUUAAUCUUGAUAACCAUUUUGGCAACUCUGCUGACACUAAGCUUGUGACAAGAUUUGGUUCUAGAAUACAUCUUCGUAUUUCACUUGAUGGGGGAUACCAUGUUCUCGAUGAGGCCACAAUGUAUAGCAGUGAUGUCAGGCCAACAGCAAAACAGCUGUGGAAGCCUCACAUUGGUGUGCUUGAAAUGGGAAUCUUGGGUGCAACAGGGCUCAUGUCAGUGAAAAUCAAGGAAGGCAAAGGAGGCACCACUGAUGCUUAUUGUGUGGCCAAGUAUGGACAGAAAUGGGUGAGAACGCGAACUGUGGUUGAUAGCUUGUCCCCGAAAUGGAAUGAGCAAUAUACUUGGGAAGUUUUUGAUCCUUGCACAGUUAUCACUAUUGGCGUGUUUGACAACUGCCGCACUGAUAAAAACAUCAUUACUAAUGCUGCUGCUGCUGCUCGUGACUCUCGGAUUGGGAAGGUUAGAAUCAGGCUAUCAACACUUGAAUCUGAUCGAGUGUAUACUCAUUCAUACCCACUCCUUAUGCUGCAACCUUCUGGUGUCAAGAAAAUGGGUGAGCUUCACUUAGCUGUGCGAUUUUCAUGUGCAAAUGUGGGAAACAUGUUGCAUAUGUACACGUUACCUUUGCUACCAAAGAUGCAUUAUGUACAACCUUUGAGUGUGAACCAGUUGGAGAGCCUGAGGUACCAAGCUAUGAAUGUGGUAGCAUCUCGGCUUAGCAGAACAGAGCCACCAUUGGGGCGAGAGGUUGUUGAGUAUAUGCUUGAUCACGACUCCCAUAUGUGGAGCAUGAGAAGAAGCAAAGCUAACUUUUUCAGACUAAUGAAUGUGAUAUCUGGUGUUGUUGCCAUGAGCCGUUGGGUGGAAUCUAUGCGAAAUUGGACCAAGCCAAUUUACUCAUCCUUGUUUGUUGCAACCUUUCUCUUAUUAGUUGCAUUACCUGAGCUCAUAAUCCCUGCGAUGCUGCUCUACAUGGCGACUAUAGGACUGUGGCGAUACAGGUUUCGACCACGUCAUCCACCCCACAUGGACACCCGACUAUCCCAUGCUGAGAGUAUUUAUCCAGAUGAAUUGGACGAGGAAUUUGAUUCCUUCCCAACAAGUCGAAGUGCAGAUGUUGUUAGGAUGAGGUAUGAUCGGCUAAGGAGUGUGGCGGGAAGGAUUCAAACUGUGGUUGGAGAUAUGGCAACACAAGGUGAAAGAUUUCAAGCAUUGCUGAGUUGGAGAGAUCCAAGGGCCACAUUCUUGUUCGUGAUAUUUUGCUUGUUUGCUGCUGUUGGAUUUUAUGCUGUGCCAUUCAGGGUGGUAAUUGCUGUGUGGGGAUUGUAUUCCUUGAGGCCCCCAAGGUUCCGAAGCAAUUUGCCUUCUCGGGCGUUGAGUUUCUUCAGGAGGCUGCCUACAAAAGCUGAUAGUUUGCUGUAGAUUGUUGGGAAG